UGCAGCGGAGCCGCCAGCGCCUCCCGCCGCCGCCUCCCGCGCCCGACCCUCCGGCGAGAUGCUGUCGUGCCGCCUCCAGUGCGCCCUGGCCCUGCUCUCCAUCGCCCUGGCCCUCGGCACCGUCUCGGCCGCCCCGUCGGACCCGCGGCUCCGGCAGUUCCUGCAGAAGUCGCUGGCCGCCGCCGCCGGGAAGCAGGAACUGGCCAAGUACUUUUUGGCAGAACUGCUUUCAGAGCCAAGUCAGACAGAAAAUGAAGCCCUGGAGUCUGAGGACUUGUCCCGAGGGGCUGAGCAGGAUGAAGUGAGACUGGAGCUGGAGCGCUCGGCUAACUCAAAUCCCGCUCUGGCACCCCGGGAACGCAAAGCAGGCUGCAAGAACUUCUUCUGGAAAACUUUCACAUCCUGUUAGCUUUUGAAACCCACCUCUCCUCCCCAUCCAUCCCUGCCCUGCCCUGAGCAGAACCUUCACCACAAGAGGCGAAGACUGUAAAUACACAAUCCACAGUUAUGGUGAAAUUAAACAAACAAGGAAAAUUUGAGUUUGAUUUCCACUUGUUUUAAUAAAACUUUCUGUUCCAAUUGUA